UUUUUCUUCUCUUUCCUCCCCUCCCGCUUUCCUAUUACGUUACGUCAUCAAAGCGGGAAGGCGGAUUUGUCAAUGUCAAGAAUAUAUCUGCCAGUUCGGCUCUCCCGCGCGUCACGUCGUGACACAGUUGUCGCAUUCGAUCUGCGAGCGACGUGUCGCGGCGUUCCACGCAUCGGUAUUCCACGCGGUGAGAGUUUAGUACGGCGUAGUAGUGCGAGGUAGUAAACGGUUUCGAGUUUCCGAGUGAUACACGUGCGUCCAUAUAUACAUACACGCGGGAGUCAUAUAUACAUGCACACACAGGAGGGAUCGCCAUCUUGUGUCGUCGUCGUCGUCGUCGUCGUCGUCGUCGUCGACGAGCAGGAGCGACGCCGUCGGGCGUCGUGUGGACCGCGUGCGUUCGGCCGUCCGCCAGGAGUCUCCCGACGGACCGUCGAAUCCACGUACGCUUGGACUUUGGAGCAUGAAAUUAAGAGAAGACUGACGAGAAACCAUUAUUAACAACCCUGCCAGGACUCACGUUUCUCCGCGUUGAGGGAUGAAUCGGGCAAACAUGGAACGGUGGAAAUUAACCGUUGAUCUUUGACUGCUAAACUGUAUACCACGUAUAAACAGAACCGAGCGUCACCGUGGCAAAUUGGGGAGCGCUACCUGCUACUACGUCGGCUAUGAGGGGGGUCCUCUCGGAAGGGGAAAGAGAGAGAGAGAGAGAGAGAGAGAGAGAUAAAGAAAAGAGUUUUGAGACAAACGUCCCCGCCUACUCUCCAUCGAUAGUUCAGUAUAUAGGACCGAUUUAUCGUCGCUAGAUCCAUUUCGUGGAAAGAGCCGGGAGACGUUAGACGUCGCUGUAGUGCAUUUGUAAUUGGCGCGCUUGCGUUUGGCACGGCGGCAGGGUGUCGCUAGUUGCGCGCGCACGCGCAACGGCUCCGCCGCUGCGGUGGCGAGGGAGAGACGGACGGAAGGAACGAUGGAACGGGACCAUUUCGGUACGUCGCGGAAGAAUGCGUAGCCAUUGUUGGUGCUGCGAUCGUUAGUUUCUAGAUCCGAGAUCGCCAUGGGCACGGAAAGGGACACGACCGCGCGGAGCUCGAGGAUAACGUCGACGAGCCGCGACGUGGGCCAUUGAUGCGUGUGACGAGUCGCGCGUAAGUCUGGGACACUGUAGUCUGUGUGAUCGGACCGCGUCUCCGCGUACACCCGUCGUACCGUCUCGGUCUCGGUCUCGUCUCGCGUACGCUAGCCGAGCGCUCGCGCUCGCACGAGUGAGAGUGAGUGAGGUGAUAUACGGUGGGGCCACUACUACUCGAGCGGCGGCCAUAACACCGACCGACCAACCAAACUAAACGGCCGAGGGAGAGAAAGCGUAGUGCGAGCGUUGUCUGGGGGCCGUGGUGGUAGUGUUUUUCCGAUUGAGUUCCCGUUUGUGCGGAAAAGCGGACUUCCGUCUCUGAUCAGAUGUUGCUAAUGUCGCGAGUCUUACCUGGAGGUACGGAGUCUCACUGCAGUAUACAGGGCUGACAUUCAAAGUACUACCACUCGGUAGGCUUGUGUAGUGUUAUGCCUCCUCGGCACCAAUACUCCUGGUUGCAGCGCAAUCGUCUUGGCAAGCAAUUAAUGAGCUGCCAUGCUCAAUUUGCAAUAUAUACUUGCCAUCUCAAUUGUUGAUGAAGCCUCAUAGCGUCAAGCAUCAACGUAAGGCAGUUACCUGCUGCGUAGCAUUUAUGUAUCAUAUAUGUCGGAAAGAAACGAAGUCAAGAUGCAGCAGGUGGACACCAUCUCGCAGAACAAUUCUUUAGAUGUGGAGGAGCGAGAAAGGCUGUGUAAUAUACCGAAGACGAGUAUACCUGGCAAGGCUUCAACUACGCCAGCGAGUCCUGCAAAGGAACCGCCUCCACGUGAUGAACCACCUCUGGAACCGGUGAAUGGCAUAGUUCAACCACCGGUCGUUCCACCACCGAAUCGUCCAGGACGUAUCACGAAUCAGUUGCAAUUUUUGCAAAAAGGUGUUUUGAAGCCAGUAUGGAAGCAUCAAUUUGCCUGGCCCUUCCAACAACCUGUAGAUGCGAAAAAACUCAAUUUACCAGAUUAUCACAAAAUCAUCAAAAAACCAAUGGACUUGGGCACAAUCAAAAAGCGGCUAGAGAAUUCGUAUUAUUGGAGUGGGAAAGAAUGCAUUCAGGAUUUCAAUACCAUGUUUACCAAUUGUUAUGUCUACAACAAGCCAGGAGAGGAUGUUGUAGUCAUGGCACAAGCUCUCGAAAAAUUGUUUCUUACGAAGGUUGCCCAAAUGCCGAAGGAAGAGGUGGAAUUAGAUCCACCUGUUCCGAAAGGACCCAAAGGCAAGAAAACUGGAAGAGUUGGUGGACCAGGAGUAGGUGCAGUAACUCCAGGAGCAGGUAGAGGACGGCCAUCUUCUGGUGCAGCCGCCGUUACUUCCAGUGUACCAAAUAGUUUAACACCUUCUGCUACAUCAGCUGGAACAACAGGCGUAAUACCAAUGCCACCUCUUGGUACUCAGGCACCAGUUUCGGUACCUGGAAGCACAAAUACAACUACCAUCGCUCCACCAUCAAGUAUGGGUGUCACACCGAUGGCUACUCACAAUUCUCUGCCUCAGCAAGUUGUCCCUCCAACCACGGGUUACCAUGCGCAGCCAGCAAUGGAUCCUCAAACAGCUGCUGCCGUACCGCCACCUCCACAAGUCCCUGCAACACCCACUGUAAUGCCUCCGUCACAACCUGCCAAACUCAAAAAAGGAGUUAAAAGAAAAGCUGAUACUACAACUCCUACUGCAAACGCGUUUGAUCCAUUGUAUGCACCUAUGGAUUCCAAGAAUGCCAAAAUACCUACGAGAAGGGAAUCUGGCAGGCAAAUUAAGAAGCCAACAAGACAAGCGGAAGACGGCUUAGUGCCAUACCAUCAGGCCAAUAUGCCUCUUAUGGGGGCAAUGGCCCAGCAGCCUCCCCAUGCUGGUGUCAAAGGAAAAGAAAAAUUGUCUGAAGCACUAAAGUCUUGCAAUGAUAUUUUGAAAGAAUUAUUCGCUAAAAAACAUUCGCCCUAUGCUUGGCCUUUUUACAAACCUGUUGAUGCAGAACUUCUAGGCCUUCAUGACUAUCAUGAGAUUAUCAAGAAACCUAUGGAUCUUGGUACAGUAAAGACGAAAAUGGAUAAUCGUCAAUAUAAAACUGCGCAUGAAUUUGCGAGUGAUGUACGACUUAUAUUUACUAAUUGUUAUAAGUAUAACCCUCCUGAUCAUGACGUUGUUUCAAUGGCUAGAAAACUACAAGAUAUAUUUGAGAUGAGAUAUGCUAAAGUUCCCGAUGAACCAAUGGGUAGCAGUAUGGUGGCUAUGAAAGGAAGUAGCAGUGGUAGCGGUAGUAGUUCUGGAGGAGAUAGUUCUUCCGAGAGUGAUGAUUCAGUUGAAGUUGAACGUACUCAGAAAUUACUUGAAUUACAGCAGGAGUUAAAAGCUAUGCAAGAGCAAAUGAGGAAAUUAGUAGAGGAGACCGGUAAAAAGAAAAACAAAAAGAAGAAACCAGAUAAGCCAAAAUCAAAGCCAAUGAGCAAUAAGAACAGCAGUCUUGUUGCCAGUCAUACUGGUGCCAUGAAAGAACUUAUGAAACCGAGUGGGAUUCCCAAUGUGUCCGACAGUGUUGGUGCUAGUAUAGCUAGUGUUGCAAUGGGUGCAGGCGAUUUGAAAAUGCCUGGUGGCAUAGCUAGUGAUCUUCAUCAUCAAACUACAGCAGUAGGACCUAAUAAGACCCAUGCUGCAGGAAGCCUAGGGCAUCAUUUGCCAACAGCAGUGAAUGCUAAGCCAAAAGGUAAACGGGGACCUGGAAAAGCUGCCACAACUGCGAAUACCGCAACCAAAAGGCCGAAGGCUAACAGCAGAUCUACUGGGAACAAGAAGAAAAAUACUGGCAAUCAACCACCUCCAAUCACAUUUGAUUCAGAAGAUGAAGACAAUGCUAAACCAAUGUCUUAUGAUGAGAAGAGGCAGCUUAGUUUGGAUAUUAAUAAACUACCAGGUGAUAAAUUAGGUCGUGUUGUACACAUAAUACAGUCUCGGGAACCUUCAUUGAGGGAUUCAAACCCAGAUGAAAUUGAAAUUGAUUUUGAGACACUGAAGCCAUCGACGCUUAGAGAACUGGAAAGCUAUGUUGCAUCAUGCCUCAGAAAGAAGCCACACAAAAAAGUCAGUGGUAAGUCUAAGGAUGAACAAAUGGCAGAAAAGAAACAAGAAUUGGAAAAGAGGUUACAGGAUGUAACAGGACAGUUAGGCAAUGUCAAGAAAACUGCCAAGAAAGAAGACAGUAGUAAGUCUGUUGAUGUAGUUGGAACCGGUGGUGCCAGUGGACCUUCGCGAUUGUCGGCGUCAAGCAGUAGUAGCAGUGAUAGUGACUCCAGCAGUAGUUCGCUUUCUUCAUCAAGUACCGAUUCAAGCGACAGUGAAGCAGGAAACUCAUCAAAUCGUCCACAUAAAAAGAAAGCAAAGAAGAACGCACCAAGUACAGGACCUCCACCGACUGCUACCGUAGCAUCGGCACCUACCUUAAAUCAUAGUGGAGCUCUUUUAAUGAAUAAUCAACCAUCGGCGAAUUCUACGGGACCAAUUACAAAGCCACCUGUUACGCAACCAAGCAAUAUUUCUUCAGAAUCAGGAGGCAAUAAUAAUCAACAGCCCGUCGCAGUGGCUGCUGUUACAACAGGGCAAAACAUACCUGUCGCGAGUCACGCGUCUAUGCCAGCCCAACCGUCACGACCUACAGCUCUGGCUACGGCCGCUCCUGUAAAAAAACCAACACCAACACCACCACCACCACCACCACCACUACCACCGACUACAUCUAACCCACCAACUCCGUCGGUCUCUGUACCAACUCCACCGCCUAGCGUCACACCUACAAAUACAAAUUCUAUGACAGCCUCGCCAGCUGUAUCUCAACAACCGCAGCAACCACCAGCGUCCAUUAGUUCCUUUCCAAAUGCAAAUACAUCCGUUCCCACAGACGGAACAAAUUUAAAUCAACAGUCUGAUCUUUUACAGCCAUACAAUACUUUAGCUUCGGUGCCUACUACACAGUCCUCCUUGGAUCAAACACUUGCACUCAAAAAGGAGGCUUCAUUUAUUCAAACACAACCCACCUUGGAUCAAACACUCGCUCUCAAGAAGGAGUCUUCAUUUAUCCAAACAUCUCAUACGACGAAUAAUACUAAUAAUAAUACCAAUCUGAGUUUACCGGAUGUAAAAUCUGUGAGCAUGAUGCCGACGAGUAAUCUGAACUUGGGCAAUAUUAAUGUGACAAACUUGAACAUGAAUUUGUCGCAAGGAUUAGCAGCACAUAUGUCCAUGCACAAUCAAUUAGAAAAUAUGAUUAAUACUACUGCGUCGUUGACUAAUAUACAGAAUUCACACAACGUUACAAUGUCGCAGCAGCAUUCCAAUGGGUUUCCUAAUACAAAACGCGGAAAUUCACCCAAUAUGCUGAAUAAUAACGGCAUUCCAGGAUUAAAUAUGGGAAUGAAUAUGGGAACGAUGAGUUCGAUAUUUGAUCCCCUUCCUAUAGUGACUAUGCCGAUGCAGAUUUCUCAGAUUGCUCUAAAAAAAGAGGAAAAGCCUCCUUUCAGAGAAAUACCAAUUUCUCAGCCUCAACUGACACAGAAACCUAUGGAUGCAGGAGCUUUUUUUGCAGAAAUGAACACCUUAGGAAUACCACCUAUGGGUAAUCAUACCAGUGCUCAAUUGAUGCCUGAAAAGAAAAUGACCCCACCUGAUUCGAAAAAUUCUGCUUCGAACUUUGCAUCCGCCUUUAAGAAUAAGACUGUAGAGCAGAAUGUAAAAAAUGCAUCAUCUUGGUCUUCCUUGGCACAAGCUUCAAGUCCUCAAUCGGCAGCUGCAGGGAGUAGUAUGAAGAGCGCAGCGCGAGAUUCAUUUCAGGCAUUCAAGAAGCAAGCUAAAGAAAAACAGGAUAGGCAAAGAGCUCUGAUGGAGCAACAAGAAAUGCGCAGACAGCAGAAGGAGCAAGCGGAACGAGAGAGAUUAAUGCGACAGGAGAAUGAAAGAAGACGAGAACGAGAGGAAGAAGAUGCUCUAGACAAAGUUAGGAAAAAUAUUGCAGAUCAGCAAGGCAAUGUUAUGACUGCCACGACCAGAGCGGAAGAAGUAAAAGCCACUACUGAUACAGAUAGCAGUAGUCCGAGUCAUUCGUCCAGUCAGGACAAGUCCGCUGCAGAAAGAGAACGUUUGAGGCAACGGGAGCAAGAACGUCGACGACGAGAAGCGAUGGCUAGCCAUAUUGACAUGAACUUGCAGAGCGAUUUGAUGGCUGCGUUUGAGGAAUCUUUAUAAUGUUACUGUAGCCUGUUUAUACAAAAUCUACAGAAACUUGGUAAAAGCCGUAUGUUUGGCGUUGAGCAAUCUUGUAGAAAUCUUUAACUAUGACGCCAAUCGAUAAACAAAAACAACGCAGACAGUGAAAUCAGAUAAAUAAUAACAAUGACGACAUAGGCCGUGUGCUAGUUAUCAUAAAAUGGAUAGUACAGUUGGGACAUUCCAACAGAAAAUCCAUUUAGUCGUCAGAAGAUUCAAACAGCUUAUUAAAACCGAGAUGACCUGUGUUGUCUCUAAAACGGACACUUUAAGUGCGACUGUAAUUAGAUAAAUACUUAUAUGAUACUUUAAAAAUGCUACACUGAUUAUUGUGUUACAUUUUUCCGGUUUUCAUAAGUUUGUACUUUAUGUAAAUUUGGAAACAAUAUAUUAUGCAAAUAAGAGAGGUUUGCAUGUGAUAACCGAAUGCGUGCGAAUAGAUGAAUGUCGGCUUUGAAGAAGCGUAAAAAUCGUGUACAUUUAGUUAAGUUUUGUAUUUUUCCACAUUGAGUCAUUAAUCGUUGGUAGGAUUACGUAGGAAAGUGUUUCUGCCAAUAAUACAUGUAAUUAUAUUAUCAUUAUAUAAUAACGCCAUUGCAAAUUUCUUUCUCGAUUCAUAUACGCUAUUUGUAAUCACAAAAAUAGCUAGGCGUAUAUGUGAAUAAUGAUAGAAAAAUGUAAGAUAAUAUGAACAUCCAAGAACUUGGUGAAUUUAAUAACGAUCAUCAUGGCUGUCCAUUUGUGACUUCAUUUGAUCAAUUACUGAUCUAUCAGAAUAUUAACAGCGUAUACUAUUGUGAUUGUUCAAGAGUUAUUACGAGCCAGCUGGUCGAGUCAAAGCUAUUCAUUAACUCACUUUAGAACAAUGUUGUCAAUUAUUACGAAUAAUGAUAAGAUGAUUCUAGAAUUGAAGUAGUUUCGAUCCUACCAACCAUUAGAUCAGACUAUGUACCUAAUUCUUGGUAUACUUUAGGCUCGUUAGACGGGAAAGAAAAUCGCGAUGCGUCAUAUGAAUAACGUUUAUUAGGAAAGAAUUAUAUUUAUUCGAUUACUAGGAUAUGGAAUUUCGCGAUAUUGAAAAAUUAUUAAAAUAUAAAAAAAAACUUUUUUCUUUGAAGAAAAUGCGUGUAAUCUUAAAAUCUUUUCGAAUUCGAUGUAUCCUGAGCGAGCAGACGAAAGUUUAUAUAUUAAAACAUUUUGGACAUAAUUCCAUUUAAUAACCGAGUCGCCCGAACAAGAUACACGUCAAUCAAAUAAAUCCUAAAAAAUAAAAAAUUUAAUUGGCCAAAAAGUACAAAAACAAGUUCAAGCAAUUUUUCAUUAAUUGUGAUUAUUAGUAAUAUUAUUAAUUUUUUAAAAUUACAUAGCAUUAAUCACAAUGGCAUUAAUAAUAUGCCAAAUAUGAUUUAAAAAUAGUGCUAUUAUUAAAUUAUUCGUUUAAUUGCAAUUUUAUUUUUUUAAGGACCUUGUGUAGUCUUUAUUUGUUAUAUUCCGAUACACGGCGAUGAGCAAUCGUUAGGGUGACGCAGUUUAUUCAAUGAUUGAUCCAAAAUAAUCAUUACCAUUUAAGUAAAAUCAUGAUUUUUAUAAAAUUAGAAAGGAUUAUGAUGGUUGAUUUAACUGAAAUUAAUCAGAUAAAGAUUAAUAGAGCAAAAAAAUCUUGAUAAAUUAAAAAUUUUUUCUUCGUUAAUCGUCAUAAUUCCUUAAGCUCUCUACUAAAGAUCAAGAAACCUUUAAUAUUUGAAAUAUUAAAAUAACAUAGAUAAAAAAUGAAGAAAAAAAGAAUACUAUCAAUAGGGAAGUCACUGUCGAAUGUUCACGUCGCCUUCGCAAUCCUAUUUUCGUUAUUUCGUGUAUUGGAGAUUAUCAAAGGGAGCUUUUGUCAGUAAAAAUGGAAACAUUUGGACAGAGAUAUACUAUUCAUUCUUGGGUGUUGGUGGUUUUUCAUGUCGAUAACAAUGUCUUACUAUCUUCAUCGAUUAUAAAUAUUGUCCAUUAUAAAUAUUUAGCAAUAUUAGAAUAUUUCUGUAAUUUUGAUAUGUUUCGGGCCCAAUGUGAGCGCCGGUUCGCAGUUUUUAUUCAAUCAAAAUUAAGAAAGAUCUAUGAUCUAUUUCUUAAAAUAUACUAUCUACAACGCUGCGAUAGUAAUAUUCGCGCGAUUUAGUAUAUAUGUACAAUGAUUUAGUCAUCGGUAUGUUAUUGUUGAUGUAUACAAUUAAAAUAAGGUAGGACAAUUCGGUGCACGAUUAACAAUUUAGCGAUGUAUAAAAAUUGAUAUAUCAAUUGUGUUUCUUUUUUUUUUAUGCGAAAAGGCAUCUAACGUUAUAGCUCAGGUAAAAAAAAAAUAAAAAAAAUCAGUCUUUAGUCUUACAAUCGAAAAUGAUUUGGAUGUUUCAUUUUAUUGAACGUUUUAUAAAUUUCGAUUGUCUAGAUGUGAAAAAAUUUUUCGUUUGAAUGGAAUUAUUAACGAUAUGAUUUGGUGAAUUAUAACGUCACCAUAACUUUUAAGAUAGUAAAAUAGUAAUGUAAAUUAUUAUCAGAAGCUAUUGAGAAGAAUUAAAGUUAAAAAACUGUUCUCGUAAAUAUUGCUAAGUUUAAUACUAACAGAACAUGAACGUUCAAUUUAAUAAUAUAAUUACAUACAGAAUGUUUCUGUCAAUUUACAUUACCGUUUUACUAUUAUUUCGAUAUAAUGUCCUACAAAAAUGAUUGAUGUCAUUAAAUAUUUUUGUUUCUUUCUUGUUAUUACAUAUUUAAGACUCAUACUUGUGGGCCAACACGAAUCAACAUAUGUGGCAAUGUGUAAUAACAAAAAAGAAACGAAGAAGGUGGAAGUAUAAGUACAUGAUGGGAGGGAAAGGCUAAAUUAGGAGGGAGAAAGAGGAAUAAAAGAGGACUGCGUGUGAGGAUUGUAAUAGAUACUAGGAUUGUAUAAUAGGUAGUUUGUAAUUUGUAUAUACAACGUGAAAUUGGCAGCAUUCGGAGAAUAUCCAUGUAAAAUACAAUAUUAAGUACUAAUACAAAUGUCUGUAUGUGAUAAGAUUUAUAAGAGAGCCGAGUGUAUAACCAAUUAGGAUCUCAGCAUAAGUUAGGAUAUAGACGACAUACACCCAUACUUCGUAAGUAACACCAAAAUCACACAGCUCUGUAUCAAAAAGUAAUUUUUUAUAUAAGUUCCCACGAACGCACAUCAUCUCCAAUAGAACACGAGAAUUUUAGCAAACUUAUUACGACUAACGAUAGCGGACAUUUAAACUGGUUGUACAUAAAUAAUAACGAAAUGAGAAAAUAAAUAGCUGAAGUAAAAGAGAUGCUUGAUGUUGUUAAAUAAGGGGAGAGAGAGAAAGAGAGAGAGCGCGCAAGCGAGCGAGCGAUAGAGAGAAUGAGUGAGCGAGAAGAGCGAUUGUUAUUGAGCGUUAAUUGCGUUCAUGUACCUAUAUAUUUCCUUUCGUUAUAUCGAUACCGCUAGCUCAUAAAUUUACUUUCAUAUUUAUGUUAAAUAUAAUUUUUUAUAAAUAAAUCGAAUUAAAAAAACUGAUUCGUAAAGUGUUA